UUUUGCAGUUGCACAAUAGUUAUCGGAGAAUAAAGCACAGGCUUUAUCUCUGUGGGGCUCAGUAGACGCGCCUCCAGAGAGCCGACAACAUGGAUGUUGCCCGCUGCCUGCUGUGGCUCCUCGCCGCCUUGCCGCUUUUUUGCCGAAACGCUGAAUGCCGAUCGCUGCACAGGCAUCGUCGCAUAGUUGGCGGACUGCCGGCAAAUAUUACGGAAGUACCUUAUUCCUUGUCGCUACAGUUAGAUGGAAAACACAUGUGUGGUGCUGUUAUUAUAAACGAAAACUGGGCAGUUACUACAGGAUACUGUUACAACUUGGCUGUGCCAGCACAGAACGCGACCGUAAGGGCGGGCUCCAGUGUUCGGGAGACAGGUGGCAGCGUGCACACUGUUGAAAGAUUUGUGCCACAUAGUCACUACGUCCCCGCCUAUUCGGACUACGACAUAGCAGUACUUAAGGUGAAGCCCGCAUUCAGGUUUAGUAAGAAGGUGAAACCAGUGAAGUUACCAAAGCAGGAUGAAGAGUUCUCUGCUGGCACCGUCGGAGUGGUUGCAGGAUGGGGGACUAAAAACUUUGGUGUUCCCAAGUACACUCGAACGCUGUACAAAGUGGAAGUGCCAAUAAUCGACUUCGCAGAAUGUGAUAAAUCCUACAUGUAUUUCGGAGGUGUCAACAAAAGAAUGAUAUGUGCUGCAUACCCGUCAGGUGGAAAAGACAGCUGCCAGGGUGACAAUGGCGGUGGUUUGGUAGCAAAACGGAAGCUGGUUGGACUCGUGUCAUGGGCAAUUGGUUGUGCGAGGAGUGAAUAUCCACAUGUGUACACUCGAGUUUCUGCUUUCAGUAACUGGAUACUCAAUAACACAAAUGUCUGAAUGACUAAUAAGGCUGACUCAGUGACUGUUCUAUGCACAUACAACUAAAAUAAAUAUGUUGUUACUUAAGAUAAA